CAGGAAGUGGGUGGAGAGUUAAAAGAGUGCAGACUGUGUGAGUGGCAGGGCAGAAAGCAGGUUUUCUGAAAACAGGACGCAGCAAGAACACAAGAAGAUGCAACAUACAAAGAUAUAAAGAGGAUAAAAGAGACUAAAAGCAAGGAAACUGAACAAAGGCAAACCAGACAGGAGACUGAAAGAGAGUAAAGAGAAACAAAGGAGACUGUUUUGGAGGUCAGAGAAUUUGGCAGCAAAAUAGAAAGAGAAGAGUGAAUAUAACAACACUAUGACAUACCGGCUGUUUGAGGGGAAGGACCAUGCCUCCAUCUACCAAAAGUAUCGCUUUACGCCUCCGGAAGAGGUCAAGAACAUUAUUCUUCAGUACCUAAACACUAAGAAAGGACAGCCACAUGUGUUGGCGGUGGAUCUGGGAUGUGGGACAGGUCAGAAUUCCCGGCUACUGGCCCCGCACUUCCAGGAGGUGGUGGGCAUCGACGUCAGUGAUUGUCAACUGGAGGUAGCCAGAGCUGUGCCAGGGUACCCUAACGUCACAUACAGGAAGGGGACUGCAGAGGACCUUCAUUUUCCAGAUGGCUCUGUUGACUUGUUGACAGCAGCGUCAGCGGCCCACUGGUUUGAUCAGUCAAGGUUUCUGGCUGAGGCGAGUCGGGUUUUAAAACCCAGGGGUUGCAUGGCUCUGCUUGGCUUCACUGACUCUGACACCAGACUUCACUACCAGGACUGUGGAGAAAGACUCAAUCACAUCUAUGAAGAGGUGAAGCAGGUGCUGUUGCCAUAUACUAGCAACCCAGUAGCUGUGUCUGAAAGUAAGCUGGAAGACCUCUACACAGCCAUUCCUUUUCCAGACAAAGAGAGGAUUGAGUGUAUUCGGGUGAACCUGACAAUCUCAGUGAGGAACCUGGUGGGUUUCAUCACAUCCUGGUCCAUGUUCCAAGCUUACAAGAAGAAAGAUCCCCAAACUGCUGAAGACCUGCUGCUCAACACUCAGAAGAGGUUUCUGGAGGAGAUGGGAGUCACGUCUCCUGACACUAAAAUGGACUUGAAAAUGGGAUAUUUCUGUGUCCUGGCAUCAAAACCGCAAUAAUCAACAAUGUGGCACUGGCUGGGUGAUUUUUGGAGUAGGAUCUUUCAAAACGUUUCACAAUAGAACAGACGAUUCCUUAGAGCCUUGAAUGCACACUGCGAGGUUACAUAACUGGAAAUUCUUUUGAAAUAUAACAUGCCUACCACUGUUUAUUCACAGAAGGGGUGCUAAGAUGUUUUAGUUUAAGUGAGAAGUCAUUUAGUCGGGGUAUUUGUUUAGCCAGGCCCUUCAUGACAUACUUGGUGGUCCAUUUACUUUACUGCUUCAGUGCUCUUCCUUUAUUCUUUUCUCUUUCUCAGUAGGUGGAAGCCUGCUUGCUGCUGCUGACAGUUUGUAUUGUGCCUAUAUUGUGCAACGCAAAAGAAGCCACAGUAACUUAUGUUUAUGGUACAGCUUUUUAUGAAGAUUUCUGUGUUUUAAAAUCUACAGUAAUUAUCUUUUCAACAACAAAUCUUAAGAAAUAGAAUAUGCCCAUGAACAGAUAUUGGGUAACCAAUGUGUAAUGUUGAAAGCUGAAACUCCAGUUAGCAACAACUGGGACUCCCUUUCAUCAUAAAUGGUGGAUUUAAAGCAGCACUAUGUAUCUUUGAAAACAUAACCUAUUCUUUCUUUUCUUUUGCCUUACUUGGUCUGGUAUGACCAGUAGCUCACGUUGGCUAAUGUUAACAAACUUAUAGAUAUAUAUGGCUGUGUAGGUGACAUUAUUGAGAUAUUUUGUAGUUUAGGGGGGUUAGACUUUUUACUUGUGCUACUGUUAAACUAUGUUUUAGCACGUCAUGCAUGUUUGGGAGACUAACUGAAAUGUAAACUUUGAAAACCAUGCAGAAGUAUGAUUAUAUAGGAUCACAUGUAUGGCGACUUCAUGCAGUUGAGCAAUAAAGUCGUUGUUGAAAUGUC